GGCUGGCAGGACAGCGCUGUGGCUGGUGAUUGGCUGAGAGGAUAUAACUAAGGAAUUUCUAUUCAAAAUGUUCUAUCUGUGUUCUUCUAUCAGGAAACAUUCGAUUGUUCUAAGGAAGAGGAAGAUGUGGUUUUCAUUCAUCUUGUUUGGAACAUAUUUCUUAGAGACAUCAGGAUUUAAUGUUUAUCGGCUGAAAACUGGAGAGAAAUGUCAAGUGCAGAUCACACAUUCUAUGGAUUAUUAUGCACUAAACGAAGAACUAGCUACCAUUGAGUGCCCAGUUUCACAGUAUUUGCUGCAAGAUCUUUCUACAGUUCCCUUGAUUUGGACAAGAAAUGGUGCUGAAGCUCUGGAUAAAGAAGGAAAACCUAGAAUUCAGAGCAAAAAAGAUGCCUUGUGGUUCUUGCCAGCUUUAAAAGAGGAUACUGGGAUUUAUACAUGUAUAGUGAGUAAUACAUCCUACUGUGCUGAAAUAUCAUUGUCCCUUAAUAUCAUGAGUUACACACAGGAUUCCUUUCCUUAUAUUAAAUAUGAACAAUUUGCUCAUGAAAACACAGUGUCCAUGAUGCCUUGCCCUGCUUUGCCAAAAGACCUUAAGAAUGUGACGCUAAAUUGGUUUAAGGAUGGAGAACCACUGCUUAAUGACAGCUCCAAAUACACAUACUUAGAUGGGACCACAUCUGUAUUGAUACAUGAUGUACACCAUGAGGAUGAAGGCUAUUACACAUGUCAGUUAACCGUCUCCCUUGAGAAUAUAGAUUACACCAUGUCAAGACUCAUCCAACUUCAAAUUAUUGAUGAAGUAAGGGAACAACACCCUGUCAUUGUAAAUGCCCAUCAUGAGACAAUAGCAGCUGCCAUAGGUUCUAAGCUAGUCAUUCCAUGUAAGGUGUUUGCAGGCAAUGAUGACGAUGAUGUCAUGAUUUGGUGGACAGCAAAUGACUCUUUUAUAAGUGACUACUCAAAAGAUCACCGUGUGACAGAAGGAAAAUGCCAAAAAACUACAGGGACUGAUGGUCAAUACUUUGAAUUACUGCUGGUUUUUGAAAGAAUAGAAGAGGAAGAUUUUAUUACUGACUUUAAAUGUAUAGCGCUUAAUGACUAUGGGCAAGAGGUUUUGCCAGCACAAAUCACGCAAGCAGCCUCCUCCUCCUUUGCCUGGUACAUAGCAGCAGUUCCUGCCCUUGUGGUUUUCCUGAUUAUAGUGAUAAUUUUUAUAAGCAAACACAGGAAGUGUGGAAACCAUUAUUCUUUGGCCAAGUCGUAAAAAAAAUGGUAACCCUAUCUUAUUCUUAAGUAUGGAAAAUGUAAUCAUAAUGCUGGGAAAUUAAAUGUACAUUGCCUAAUAUGAUGGAUUUUCUGUAACAGAAUAUUUUUUAGUAGA